AAUCAGUUGGUCGGCGGUUCGUAACAGCGCACGUUACGUUUUUAACGGACGAGCGGAUUAACGUCGGUAUCGACAAGUUUAUCACCCAACCCAAAAACCAAUUGUCAAUCGAAGACGAUAGCGCGGCGUCUUUGCCAAUCGAAGUGAUAUCUUUGGGCUGUGGUUAAUGUUUUUAAUGCUUUCUGGCUGCCCCGAAAUGCCGUCGGCUUUUGGUCCCCGUGAACUUUCGAGCUGAAGACCUAAGCCCUCAAACUGAUGUCCACCUUGGCCAGCACUCGACCGCCACCGCUCAAGCUGACUAUUCCUUCCUUGGAGGAGGCAGAGAACCACGCGCAGGAGAGGAGAGCGGGCGGAGGUGGCCAGGAAGUGGGUAAAAUGCAUCCAGAUUGCUUGCCCUUGCCGGUUGUCCAGCCGGGCAACUCGCCCCAAGUGCGGGAGGAGGAGGAGGACGAGCAGACGGAGUGCGAGGAGCAGCUGAACAUAGAGGAUGAAGAGGCCGAAGAGGAGCACGAUCUGGACCUGGAGGAUCCAGCCAGCUGCUGCAGUGAGAAUAGUGUCUUGAGUGUGGGUCAGGAGCAAUCGGAGGCAGCACAGGCGGCGCUAUCCGCUCAAGCUCAGGCCAGGCAGAGGCUUUUGUUCAGCCAAAUCUACCGACCGUCGGCUUUCAGCAGCACCGCUACCACUGUGUUGCCGCCCAGCGAAGGUCCGCCCUUCUCACCCGAAGAUCUCCUGCAACUGCCCCCCUCCACUGGAACCUUUCAGGAAGAGUUCCUGCGGAAGUCCCAGCUGUACGCCGAGGAGCUGAUGAAGCAGCAGAUGCAUCUAAUGGCCGCCGCCAGGGUGAACGCUCUCACGGCAGCGGCGGCGGGAAAACAGCUGCAAAUGGCAAUGGCGGCGGCGGCGGUGGCCACCGUGCCCAGCGGUCAGGAUGCACUGGCUCAGCUGACGGCCACGGCAUUGGGUCUGGGACCCGGUGGAGCGGUGCAUCCCCAUCAGCAGUUGAUACUGCAAAGGGAUCAAGUCCACCACCAUCAUCACAUGCAGAAUCACCUGAAUAACAAUGAGAAUCUGCACGAAAGGGCACUUAAAUUCAGCAUAGACAAUAUCCUGAAGGCGGACUUCGGUUCCAGAUUGCCCAAGAUUGGUGCUUUAAGUGGCAAUAUCGGCGGUGGCAGUGUAAGUGGCAGCAGUACUGGCAGCAGUAAAAAUUCUGGAACUACCAAUGGCAACAGAUCUCCCCUCAAGGCGCCCAAGAUGUCAGGAAAGCCUCUGAAUCUGGCUCAAAGUAACGCCGCCGCCAACUCGAGCUUGAGCUUCUCCAGCUCGCUGGCGAAUAUCUGCAGCAACAGCAACGAUUCCAAUAGCACCGCCACCAGCAGCAGCACCACCAACACCUCGGGGGCACCAGUGGAUCUGGUCAAGUCGCCACCGCCAGCGGGAGGAGCGGGUGCCACAGGAGCAUCUGGUAAAUCCGGCGAGGAUUCCGGCACUCCCAUCGUUUGGCCAGCGUGGGUCUACUGCACCCGCUACAGCGAUCGUCCAAGCUCAGGUCGAAGUCCACGAGCGCGAAAGCCCAAGAAGCCGGCGACGUCCAGUUCGGCGGCAGGUGCAGGUGGCGGCGGCGUCGAGAAGGGGGAGGCCGCCGAUGGGGGCGGGGUGCCGGAGGACAAAAGGCCGCGAACGGCCUUCAGCGGAACGCAGUUGGCCAGACUGAAGCACGAGUUCAACGAGAAUCGCUAUCUGACGGAGAAGCGACGCCAGCAGCUGAGCGGGGAACUGGGCCUGAACGAGGCGCAGAUCAAGAUCUGGUUCCAGAACAAGCGGGCCAAGCUGAAAAAGUCGAGCGGCACCAAGAAUCCGCUGGCGCUGCAGCUGAUGGCGCAGGGAUUGUACAACCACUCGACGAUACCGCUGACCCGCGAGGAGGAGGAGCUGCAGGAGCUGCAGGAGGCGGCCAGUGCCGCUGCCGCCAAGGAGCCCUGCUAGGAGGAGGUGGAGUGUGCGGCAAUAUCUACGAUCUAGUAUUUAUGAAGUAGCGUGUAAGCUAGCUUUAGAAAUUCUGAGCGAUUAAGAUGUACAAUAUUCUAGUCCGCCGCACACGCAGCCGAACGCAGAAUCAGGCGAAGAAAUCUUCCGGAGAAUUGGCCGCUGGGCGAAGAAAUCCCGCGAAGAGGCGAGCGAAGGUUGCGUGUGCGUUUUGUAUAAUAGAUUCAUAAAUUCACAACUAAAUAAUUUAAUAAACAUUUAAAUUAUA